GAAAAAUAUAAUUUUAUUUAAACAAAUUUUGUUUGAGGUUUUAUCAAAGAUUCAAAUCUCUUUCUCUCCCAUUACAUCAUUGUCUAGGUUUAUUGAUCUCUUCCCUCUCUCCCUUGUGGUCCUUGACCUCUUUAAAUCUCUCUUAUCACUUUCUCAUUUUCUUUAUAUCUCGAAGUGUCUCUAUUACCCGAAACACUUUCUUACAAUUUUCUCUUCUCUUCUCUUUUCGUUGCUCUUCUUUUUCUUUCUUUCACACCUCUUCAACACAAAUAUAAAACCUGUAGAAUAAACACAAACCUUCUACAUAACUUCUCUCACUUUUUUUUUUUUAAAACUCUCUUCUUAAUAACAAACCCUUCUCUCUCAAUCUCUUCUCUAUUAUCUAAUCUAGAAAAGAGAGAAAGCAUACAACAUAAAGGUUAUUUUCUUGCGGCAUUGUAGUGUUACACCUAAUCACAAAGUAAAAACAAGAAAAUGUCUAACAGAAGAUCAAGACAAACUUCGAAUGCUUCGAGGAUCUCCGAUGACCAGAUGAUCGACCUCGUUAGUAAGCUCCGUCAGUUUUUGCCGGAGAUUCACGAACGGCGUCGUUCUGAUAAGGUGUCAGCAUCAAAGGUACUACAAGAGACAUGCAACUACAUAAGAAAAUUGCAUAGAGAAGUUGACAAUCUCAGUGAUCGUUUGUCGCAGCUUCUUGACUCUGUUGAUGAAGAUAGCCCUGAAGCUGCCGUGAUUAGAAGCUUACUCAUGUAACCUUCCAAUAUUUUUUAUUAUAACUUCUUAAUAUAGUAUUUAUUAAUUUAUCUAUAUAUGUAAUCUUUAUCGUCCUUUAUAUAUCAAGCGACGUGCUUUUAUCUUUUAUGAACUUUGGAAUUUUGGUACAGAAAUUUACAUUAAUUUCUAGUCAGUAG